AUUGCGGCCCGCACCGAAGCUCUUGGCUGGCACCAUCUUCUUCCCCAUUUCCUACGGUUUCGGGUCUUUUACUUUUGGGCUUUCCACCAUUGUUUCACAGUCAUCUCUCUGCUUCUCCUUCCUCUUCAAUCCGGUUCCUCGAUCGCCACUCUCCAGGAAAUUUUGGAUUCUUGUCAAGUUUAAUCGGCUGUUGAUGUUGUUCUGAUCUAGAGAGGAAGAAGUUUUCGAGUUGACUCAUGAAGGAAAUUCAUAAGUUCCAUCUUGCAUUUGCAUUUGCAUCGAUCUCUGUUUUCGUUUGCUUGUUCUUCGAUGUUCAUGUGGUUUUAGCUGACAAUUACGUUCCCCGGGAUUUCAUCCUCCUCGAUUGUGGAGGGCCUUCGACUGCCAACGACGUCGAUAAUCGGAAAUGGAUGACCGAUGACAAAUCCAAGUUUAUUCCGGCGAGGGGGAAUAGCACCGUAUCGAAAGCCGCUACCCAGGAUCCUUCUGUUCCUGAUAUCCCUUUCAUGACGGCUAGGGUUUUCAACUCUAAUUUCACCUACAGCUUUCCUGUGGCCCCUAGUCGUUUAUUCGUUCGUCUCUACUUUUACCCUUCUUCUUACAGUGGUCUUAAUGCAUCUGAUGCUCUUUUCUCUGUCUCCACUCAAUCCUAUACCCUUCUUAAGAACUUCAGCGCUGCACAAACUGCCGAGGCUUUGAAUUUUGCUUAUAUCAUCAAGGAAUACUCGAUCUAUGUUGAAGAUGGAUGGUUGAACUUGACUUUCGUUCCAUCCUCCAGUCAUCCAAAGGCCUAUGCAUUUGUGAAUGGGAUUGAGAUUGUAUCCAUGGCUGAUAUUUACAGCGAUACUUCUGGGACUCUUCUGGUUGUUGGCCCAUCUACUCCAUUCACUGUGGAUAACACCACUGCGCUUGAGAAUGUCUAUCGGUUGAACGUCGGGGGCAAUGAUAUUAUGCCUUCCGGUGAUACGGGAAUGUAUAGGUCUUGGUUUGAUGACACACCAUAUUUGUAUGGUGCAGCACAGGGAGUGACAAUGACUACUGAUCAGAACACGACGAUUAAUUAUCCGCCGAGUAUUCCUACUUAUGUUGCGCCGGUUGAUGUCUACUCCACUGCUAGAGCAAUGGGACCUGAUAACAAUGUCAAUUUGAAUUAUAACAUGACAUGGAUAUUGCCCGUUGACUCUGGGUUCUUUUACCUUGUUAGGCUCCAUUUUUGUGAGGUUGCUGCAAAUAUCACAAAAGUCAACCAAAGAGUCUUUGACAUUUACAUCUUUAAUCAAACUGCUAUGGAUGGUGCAGACGUGGUUGCCUGGGCUGGAAGUAACUAUAUUCCUGUGUACAAAGAUUAUGUGGUUUUCAUUCCUAGUGGUGGAAGUCCACAGAAGGAUUUAUGGCUCGAACUGCAUCCAGACAAGUCUAUGGUCCCCAAUUACUACGAUUCAAUCUUGAACGGAGUGGAGAUAUUCAAAGUCAGUGACUCAAAUGCUAAUCUUGCAGGGCCGAAUCCUAUUCCUGCGCCAAAACAGGAAAUUAUUGAUCCAUCAUUAGCUAACCCAGCAUCUUCUCAUGGUAAAUCGAAGAAUAAGGCAGGGAUCAUUGCUGGAGUUGUUUGUGGAGUAGCUGCUUUAGCUCUGAUCAUUGGUUUCUUUGUUGUUGCUAAACGUCGCCGUGGACAUGGGAAAGAUUCUAGCUCGGUUGAAGGACCGUCUGGAUGGCUCCCUCUUUCUCUCUAUGGAAAUUCCCAUUCAGCUGGAUCUGCUAAGACAAAUACAACUGGAAGCUAUACCUCCUCCCUGCCUUCCAACCUUUGCCGCCACUUCUCAUUUUCUGAGAUCAAGGCUGCCACAAGGGACUUUGAUGAAUCUUUACUACUUGGAGUGGGUGGUUUUGGAAAAGUUUAUAAGGGAGUCAUUGAUGGUGGGACUACGGAAGUUGCCAUUAAGCGUGGGAACCCUCUCUCCGAGCAAGGUGUGCAUGAAUUUCAGACCGAGAUUGAAAUGCUCUCUAAGCUUCGCCAUCGCCACCUUGUGUCGUUGAUUGGCUACUGCGAAGAGAAUUGUGAAAUGAUCCUGGUUUAUGAUUGCAUGGCUCAUGGAACACUGCGAGAACAUUUAUACAAGACUCACAAGCCACCAUUGUCUUGGAGGCAAAGGCUCGAAAUAUGCAUUGGAGCUGCCCGUGGUCUGCAUUAUCUCCACACUGGUGCCAAGUAUACAAUUAUUCACCGAGAUGUGAAGACAACCAACAUCCUUUUGGAUGAAAAGUGGGUGGCAAAAGUAUCUGAUUUCGGGUUGUCAAAAACGGGUCCUACAUUGGAUCACACCCAUGUUAGCACUGUAGUGAAAGGUAGUUUCGGAUACUUGGAUCCUGAAUACUUUAGGCGACAGCAAUUGACUGACAAAUCAGAUGUUUACUCCUUCGGAGUCGUUCUCUUUGAGGUCCUAUGUGCUCGGCCAGCCUUGAACCCAACACUCCCCAAGGAGCAAGUGAGUUUAGCUGAAUGGGCUGCACACUGCUACAUCAAAGGCAUUUUAGAUCAGAUAAUCGACCCAUUCCUUAAGGGGAAGAUUGCAUCGGAGUGUCUCAAGAAAUUUGCAGAGACCGCAAUGAAAUGUGUGUCUGAUCAGGGCAUCGACAGGCCAUCGAUGGGCGACGUUCUCUGGAAUCUAGAGUUCGCAUUGCAGCUGCAGGAGAGUGCCGAAGAGAGUGGCAAGCUAGGCAGCGGGAUGGACAUAGAAGAAGGUCAGCUCGAUGUAGUUUACAAAGGAAAGAAGGAUCUAGAUGCUUCCCCAGGCAUUGAUGGAAACAUAACCGACUCGAGAAGCACCGGAAUCAGUAUGAGCAUCGGAAGCCGAAGCCUUGCCAGUGAAGAUUCGGACGGCUUGACGCCGAGUGCUGUAUUCUCACAGAUCAUGAACCCAAAAGGUCGUUAACAUCUGAAGGAGAGGCAGAACUCACUCAACUCUGUAAGGCCAUAAUACUUUCAUAGUUUUGAUUGAUCAAAAGUACAAUCAGAGGCUACGAAUUGUUUCAAUCCAAAGCAAAAUAUCGUUUAUUAUUCUGCCUGGUAGUAUGAAUUGUAUGUAUAAAGUAUCGAUAGAGAUAUCGGUAUAUUCAAACAUAUUUUUACUUCUUACUCACUUUCUUGUGUGGAUUGAUUUUUUUUUUCCCUUUGCCUGCACUGUUUCUUUAUUAUUGACUGCUUAAGUGUAUUAUUUUGUACUAA